UUCGGAACUUUCCUAUAUUUCUGAAUUGAUUUUAUUGCAAAAACCGGAAUUCUACAGGAAUCUAGUUUUAACUACAUACUUUUGUACAGUUAUAUAUUCUCGCAAACUGUGUGACUAGUCAUCGAAAAAAAAUAACAAGUGCCUUUCAUUUAUACGAUCCGUAAUGCAGAAAUACGAAAAACUUGAGAAAAUUGGGGAAGGCACAUACGGAACUGUAUUUAAAGCAAAAAAUAAAGAAACUCACGAAAUAGUAGCAUUAAAACGUGUGAGAUUAGACGACGACGAUGAAGGUGUUCCAUCAUCUGCCUUACGUGAAAUAUGCCUUCUCAAAGAACUUAAACAUAAGAAUAUUGUUCGUCUUUACGACGUAUUGCAUAGUGAAAAGAAAUUGACUUUAGUAUUUGAACAUUGUGAUCAAGACUUAAAAAAAUAUUUUGAUAGUCUUAAUGGUGAAAUUGAUCUAGAUGUGGUAAAGUCGUUCAUGUAUCAGUUACUUAGAGGCUUAGCUUUUUGUCACAGUCAUAACGUUUUGCAUCGUGAUUUGAAGCCACAGAAUCUCUUGAUUAAUAAAAACGGCGAGCUUAAGUUAGCUGACUUUGGCUUAGCAAGAGCUUUUGGUAUACCCGUUAAAUGUUACUCAGCGGAAGUAGUCACUUUGUGGUAUAGACCACCAGACGUAUUGUUUGGAGCUAAGCUAUAUACCACAAGUAUUGAUAUGUGGUCAGCAGGAUGUAUUUUUGCUGAGCUGGCAAAUUCUGGCCGACCGUUGUUCCCUGGGUCCGAUGUGGAUGAUCAGCUUAAAAGGAUUUUUAAAUUACUUGGAACUCCAAAUGAAGAUACAUGGCCGGGCGUGACACAGUUGCCAGAUUACAAGCCUUUACCGGUUUACCAGCCUAGCUUGGGCCUUGCACAAGUUGUUCCGAGGUUACCAGCAAGGGGUAGAGAUCUACUAGCACGAUUGCUAACAUGUAACCCAGCAUUGAGAAUGCCCGCCGAUGAUGCCAUGGCUCAUGCCUACUUCCAUGACCUCAAUCCAUCUGUGAAGAAUGACAGAUGUUAACAAUCAAUACACCCGUACAAAUGUACAUCAGAACUAUUAUUUUGUGAUAAAGACAAUGAAGUGCAAGAGAAUUGUGAUGGAGACAAUUAAGUGAUGUAUAUAUAUUUAGCAAGUGAUUGUAAUUAUUAAUUUAUUGAAUAGUGUUUUAAUAACAAUUAUGCAAUUAUACUAGUGUAGAGUUUGCAUAUUCUUGAGUCUAGUUUUAUAAGCGUUUUUUCU